UAGCUAAAGCUAGCCCAGUCAUGGAGAAAGAGCAGCAAGCCGGCCAUGGCAAGCUCCCUCACGAGCAGCUGUUGCUGCAAGCCAGCACGGAGCUCAUGAACCUCAGCCUGGGCUACGCCAGGUCCAUGGCCCUCGGGUGCGCCGCCAAGCUCGGCGUCGCCGACGCUAUCCACCGCGCCGGCGGCCGCGCCACCCUCCACGACCUGCACGCCGCGCUGUCCCUCCACCCGACCAAGCUCCCCUUCCUGCGCCGCGUCAUGCGCGUGCUGGUCGCCUCGGGCGUCUUCGCGCAGGUCGAGGAGGAGGAGGAGGAGGAGGAUCACUACCGCCUCACGCCCGUGUCGUCCCUGCUCGUCACCGCCGGCGACGGCAGAGGCAGGAGCCUCCUGCCGCUGGUGCUCUUCCAGCUCUCGCCGCUAUGCGUGACGCCGGCGACGAGCAUGGCCGAGUGGCUCAGGAGCGGCGGCGAGGAGGAGACGGCGUUCGAGAUGGUGCACGGCGUGGGAUUGUGGGGCGCCUGCAGCCGCGCCCCGGAUCUCGGUGAGCACUUCAACGACGCCAUGGCGGCUGACUCGCGGUUUAUCAUGGACAUGGCCAUCAACGGCUCGGGCCGCCAGGUGUUCGACAAGAUCACCUCGAUGGUGGAUGUCGCGGGUGGCACCGGCGCGGCGGCCAGGGCGGUGGCCGCCGCGUUCCCGCAUAUCAAGUGCACCGUGCUGGACCUUCCUCACGUGAUCGAUUCCAUCCCGGCUGAUCAUGGCGAUGUUGUUCAGUUUGUUGCAGGUGAUAUGAUGGAUUUCAUCCCCAAAGCAGAUGCCCUCCUGCUUAAGUUUGUGCUACAUGAUUGGAGUGAUGAGGACUGCAUAAAGAUACUAAAACGAUGCAAAGAAGCAAUUAUUCCUUCUAGAGCUGCAGGAGGAAAGAUCAUCAUUUUAGAUGUUGUAGUUGGAUCUUCUUCUGAAGCAAUAUGCCAAGGAACCCAACAAUUGUUUGAUCUGAUUAUUUCGGUUACGAGGAAGAGUGGUGCAAGAUAUUCAAGGAGGCAGGAUUCACUAAAUACAAGAUUAGCCCAGUGUUAGGUUUUCGAUCCAUUAUCGAAGUAUUUCUAUAGGUUUCCAGUAUAUGGGAACUCCACUUUAUAUAUAUUCUUGCACUCUUGGGUGUGGUUGUCUUCUUUUAUCAUUGUCUUAUGCUUCAUGGACGCGCUAUAUAUCGUUAUUUUCUCUGUAAUAUAUAUGCGAGGAUGUCCUUUUCCCUUUUUGUCCAAGAAAUCUACUAGCUAAAUACCCGUGCUUUGCUACGAAUUAAAGUAAAUUAUAUGUGUGCUAA